GCUGUGCCCAGCUUUUGGCUGAUUUUCAAGAACGCACCCAGGAGCGCUUCAGGCAGCCUCCGGUCAGAGCAAGCCAAUUCCGAUUUUCCAAGCUAGGGCGAGGCCAGUUGCAGGCCACCGACUGAAGGCCAGGGGCAGGGCCGGUUGAGAGCUUGGGAGGCCCAGGAGCCGGGUGGGGGUUAGGAAAUGUGACCCUGGUGACCCCCGGAGCCCCAGCCUCUCUGGUUCCCUCCACCCGCAUGCGGAGCGCGCGGAGCAGCGGGCGGAGGCCAUGGCCAGCCCGGCACCCUUAGUGGCCUCCAUCAGCCAUCAGAUGGUGGCUUUGCAGACCCUGCAGCUGCUGCAGCAGGAGUGGGGCUGGGGGGACAGUCCCGGCAGCCCUGGGAGCUUGCGGGAGCCGGAUCACAUGUCUGCCGCCCCAGCCCAUCGCUCCAGCCAGUUACGGACUCGGCUUGGGCCCGGGCGCCGGGAAGAGGGCGGAGGUGCGGGGGGCAGCCACGGGGGUGCCGGGGAGCGGGCCAGCUCCCCAGAGGCAGAGGUGGUGCGGGGCGCCGAGCGGGGCGCAGAGCUGCUGCCCUUUCCCCAGGACCGCGGGCCCUGCACCUUGGCCCGGAUGGCGAUGCGCAGCGCGCUAGCGCGCGUGGUGGACUCCACCUCCGAGCUGGUCAGCGUGGAGCAAACGCUGCUGGGGCCCCUCCAGCAAGAACGGUCCUUUCCCAUCCGCUUGAAGGAUAGUGUUGAAUUUAGGAACAUCUGUAGUCAUUUGGCUUUACAGAUGGAAGGACAGCAAUUUGACAGAGACUUGAAUGCUGCCCACCAGUGUUUGAAGACAAUAGUCAAGAAGCUGAUUCAGUCGCUUGCCAAUCUUCCUUCGGACACACAUGUGGUGGCCUGUGCUUCCCUGAGACAGAUCUUACAGAACCUCCCAGACAUAUGAGUGUUAGAGACACGACACUGAGAUUAAAAACGCAGCUGGCACAGUUAAGAGAACCAAGACCUCAUCUUCCUAAUUCAAUCAGCAGACAACAGAUGUUUUUGUUUCCUGAAAGGGGGGGACUUUAUGGCACAUGGGGCAGUCUGACCAAUGGCAUUUGUAACCUUUGGAAUUACUGCAUGUUAGUGAAAAAAAUUUUUUAAAGCAGCAAUUCACAUUUUUUAGUGUGUUGACGAAUUUGCUGACUUUUUGAUUGAAAUAUGUUCCACUUUGUGUAACUGAUUUGAUUAUAUGUGUAUAUAUAUCAAUUCAUAGUGUUAGUUUUGAUUGAAAGAUACCUUAAUCUAAAUUCAUAUUAAUGUAAGCCUAUAAGGUUUAAUAUGGCUGUUUGUAGACUUAAAGCUCCGUGGUUCUCAAAAUUAUCUUGAAUAAAUGGGAUAUCUGAUAAUUGCUAUGCUCUACUUACUGUACACUUCAUUUUGUAUUCUGUGAAUGAGCUCUGGUUAUAGGACCACAUGUGUCAGUUAUUAUGAAUUCUGAUUCUGACAUUAAUAACUUACUGUUGGGCAGAAAAAGAGUUGCUUCUAAACCCUGUUCUUUCAUACACCGGUUUGUAAAUUUAAAAUAAGAAGCUAUGAAGUAUCAAGGGUAUAUGAUAUGUAAAUACAAAGUACAAUAUUAUUAAAGUUUCAC